GUAAAGACAUAAAUGAAGCAUUAGUAAAAUUACAUGGUUGUGCAUUACUGUAUGAGGUCAAAGGUGUUGUCGUAUGACGUCACACCUUAAUACUUCCUUACAAAAUGGCGGAGACAGAAUUGAAUGUUGACAGCUUGAUUUCUCGGCUUCUAGAAGUUCGAGGAUGUCGUCCUGGGAAGACUGUACAGAUGACAGAAGCCGAAGUUAGAGGACUUUGUUUAAAAUCAAGAGAAAUUUUCCUCAGUCAGCCCAUCCUUCUUGAACUAGAGGCCCCACUCAAAAUUUGUGGUGAUAUACAUGGUCAGUACACAGAUUUAAUGAGACUGUUUGAAUAUGGAGGAUUUCCACCAGAAGCCAACUAUUUAUUCCUAGGUGAUUAUGUAGAUAGAGGGAAACAGUCCUUGGAGACAAUUUGUUUGCUGUUGGCUUACAAGAUAAAAUAUCCAGAAAACUUCUUUUUACUGCGGGGUAACCAUGAGUGUGCUAGUAUAAACAGAAUCUAUGGAUUUUAUGAUGAAUGUAAAAGAAGAUACAAUGUAAAGUUAUGGAAGACAUUCACAGAUUGUUUCAAUUGUUUACCUAUAGCAGCCAUUAUCGAUGAGAAAAUCUUCUGUUGCCAUGGAGGUCUUUCACCAGAUUUACAAUCAAUGGAACAAAUAAGAAGAAUUAUGAGACCAACAGAUGUGCCUGACACAGGUUUAUUAUGUGAUUUACUAUGGUCAGAUCCUGACAAAGAUGUACAAGGUUGGGGAGAGAAUGACAGAGGUGUAUCAUUUACAUUUGGUGGUGAUGUUGUCAGUAAAUUCCUGAACAGACAUGAUUUGGACUUGAUAUGUAGAGCUCACCAGGUUGUAGAAGAUGGUUAUGAAUUCUUUGCCAAGAGACAGUUAGUUACGCUGUUUUCUGCACCAAAUUACUGCGGAGAAUUUGACAAUGCUGGUGGUAUGAUGUCUGUAGAUGAAACUCUUAUGUGCUCUUUCCAGAUCCUGAAACCUUCAGAAAAGAAGGCAAAGUACCAAUAUGGGGGUAUGAACUCCGGUCGACCUAUCACGCCACCACGAGGUCCACAGAAGAAAAAGUAAUGUAACUGACAGUGCAGUUGACAGCACUGUUAACAGACAUAAACAUUUUAAACUAUGGUGCCACAUGUGUGAUAUUUAUGCAGGUUCUUGCAUGCGGUUGUGUGAAGCUAAAUACUGUGUUAGUUUAUAUCAUGAGGAACACUUUUGUGAUCAUAUUGACACAUAGCCAGAUAGGAUGAAAAUUUUGCUUGCAUACAUGAAAAAACCAUUUCUGUAGAAAUCUUCUUAUAUUAUCACUUGUGUUUUUACAAUUUUACUUUACCUACGUGUACUGAAAAUUUAUGACUUUAAAAGUUAUGAGCACACGAUACUGGUGAUACUUUAGCAUGUUUUCGACCAUACGAAAGCUUUUUGCUUUAAGAUAAAUCUGCACGGUAAAGGCUGCACUUUUAGUUAUAUAAACUACUAGUAUUAGUAAAACUUUCUUAAGCAAUUAUUGCACGAUUGUUAUACAAGGUAAAUCAUUGUAUUGCCAUACCAUAGCUAUUGAAAUCCACUGGUUGUGUCAAAUGGCAGAUCAGAAAAAGAUAAACACCCAAGUUAUCAAAAUGGCAAUUUGCUUAUCAGCUGUUUUAAAGUUUAAUUAUUAAAGUAUAGUGGAAUGACAGAAUAAAUCUAAAAUGAGAAAAAAAGAAUUCGUCAUCAGACAUUGGCUUAAAAUGAUUUGGCAUGUUACUGUUAGAAUAGAUACUUUGGGUUGAAUUCUGCGUUUUGAAUUUUAUUUUUAGACGGGGAAAAAAACAAACGAAAAAUAAUUCAUAUUGAUAGGCAUGAGUUAGAUAUUGUUCAUACAUGACAUGAACAUGUUAAAAAGUGCUUACAUAAUUAAAGUUCUGUUUAUUUUUCUAAUUUCUGUUUUGUAUGUAAAACAUUUUUGUCUUUUAAAAUGGUUUUACUGUUUCCGUAGCAAUAAGCAUGCACAGAUUGUAACCAUGAUAUCAUGACAUUAUUAUGAUGAUGUCUUGCUUUUGGUAGAGCAAAUACUGGUGCUUUUUACAUUCUCACGAGGGUACAUCAAUAUAUAUAGAGAAUUGUUCACAUUUUUUAUGGAUUUUAAAUUGAUUAACGAGAAUGAGUUUAUAAGACUGAGAUUGUGGCAUCUCCCUAAAAAAGAAAAUGUUUAAAAAGAACAAAAACAAGAAAAAACAGCAAUUUUUAACAAAAUAUUAAUAUGAAUAAGGUGAAAACUUUGCAAAACUUAACAACACAUUUUGGUUUUGACAAUUAAGUUUUUGGUCAGAAUACAGAAAUUAUGUGCUGUGGCAUGGUUCUCUUAUUUUACAGUUGAAUAAUAAAUGGUAUACUACCAUUGUUUGGUAGAAAUUUUGAUUUGUAAGAAUUGUUUUCCUUUGCUUAAACCUUCCUAUACUGAUGCAGUGCUUAUUUGUUGGUUAUUGGUUGAACAAUUUUAUAACUACGGCAUAGAAAGAAAUAUUUGUUAUUAUAGUUUUUAGCUAUAUAUUGUAUGUUUGUGCAAACAAUCAAGAAUGUCACAAUUCUUGUGCAGUUUGGUUUUUUAUCUAAAUAUAGGAAGUGAUGUGCAUUGUUCGAUAAGGAAUUUGCUCAAAAUGUGAAUUAGUUUGGAUUUAUAAAUGAAAGUUUUUUUUUGUAAAAAAAAUCUUGGCCUUAAUAUUUUUUUUUAAUACAUUAAUUUCUUUGACUUUCUGUAGGCACAUAGUAAAGUCAGAAAAGGGAUAUUUUUAGAUAGAAUUAAUCAUAUUUGGUUAAUUGUGAUGUAUGUUCAAAUAUUGUCAUUUUUUUUUUUUAAUUUUUUAAUAAAUUGUAAGCUUCAUUUUAAAGAAAUACUGAGCAAGUUGUAAAUAGAUUGAUACUUCUACAAAUUUAUACAGGUAUAUUAUAUGAAUCAUAUCUUAAUAAAGAUUAUUUAUGUAGUAGAACCUGUUAGCUUACUUUGUUGUGAUAUUAAUUAUGCAAAAUAUAUUUCUAUGUUUUUAUUUAGGAUUGGGAGUAAUGAUUUUGCUUCUUUGGUUUUGUUAAAAUAAUUUUUGAUUACCUUUUAUUACUUAUAGAUAUCUUAUAUACAUACAUACACAGAUCAUAGAUAGAAAAUGAUUCAAAAUUGAUGACUUUCAGGUCAGUUUGUAGACCAGUCUAAGAAAGGAGUUUAGCUUUUGGCUGAUUCCAUAUUUUAUUCAUUUAGAUAACCAAUCAGCCUCUGGGAAACAUUUUAAGAAUGUUCUUGUAUUAUUUUGAAUAAGAAAAAGACAUUUAGAUAUUGGAGAAAGGAUUUUGUGUCAGGGUGUUUAGAUAGUUUUUGACAGGUGUAAUUUAAUUUAGCUGGGAAUGGUUUGUACGGAUGAUCAUGUUAAAUAACAGUUCAAAGAUAUUUUUAUCUUAUAUUGUUCUAAAUAUUUAUACUGUGAAGACCAAGUUUAAUGAAUUAUUUAGAUAAUAGAAUAAGUGAAGUAAAGUAAAUGUUUGGGUCUUGGUGAGGGCCAAGUGGUUAAUUAAGAUCACUGACUUUAAACCACUUGCCUGUCACUGCUGCUGGUUUUAUUUGAGCCAAGGAUUGUGUAUUCUUUUAUGUGAGGAAGCUAUCCAGCUAGCUUAUGGAAGGUCAAAGGUUCUACUCCAGUGCUUGCUUAUGCCUGAAAUAAUGCACAGAGCCUUUCUCCAUUAGUAAAGCCCAAAAGUUGUCAUAAGACUUUAAUGUAAUGCCUCUUUUGGUUGGAUUACAAGUCCUAUCAUUAUAUUAUGUAAUGUUACAACUUAUAAUCUAACCAAACACACACAAAAAAAUGGAUACAACAUAUAGAUAUUUGUAACCUGCUUAGAAACUUCCCUGGAAGAUAGUUGUACAUAUGUGCUUUGAAAAAAACACAGAAAUAAUUUUAUCUUAAAACUUAACACAAUUAGUUACAUUUAUGUUUAUUUAUCACCUUUGAUGUUCAUUUAUUGCUUGUACAUGUAUAUUAAAACCCAGUGUCUGUAGAUAGUCAUUUGUCUUGUUUUUGUUGUGUUUGUUUUAAAAGAAGACGCUUAAUUAGCGUGUUGUUUUUUCCCUCUUCUUGUUAACCAUAAUUUUAUAUCAUAUGUGUCAAACAUUGUUCACUGAUUAAUGUUUUUUUCUUUUUUGUUGUAUCAUAUAAUCAUAUAUUCAUUAUGUUGUUAAGGAAUUUUGAUCUAAAUUUUAACAAAAGUAGCAUAUAUAUUUUGUACAUGUACAUAGAAUUAGACGUCUUGUAUGACAAAUUUGUCUGUAUGUUUAUAUAGAAGAAAUAUGAUCAGUGAGUUAGGGACAAAUUAUGUAAGAUAUGAAUAAGGUAAGCAAGAGAGAAACAAAACAAAUGAGAGAAUAAUUGAGGGGAAAUUUUUAAAUUAAAGAGGAACAAUAUAUGUGAAUGAAGAGCAAGAUAAGUAAAAGAGGAACAAUGCCAUGAAGAGGGAAGCAAGAUAAAGUAGGAAGUAACAAGAAAUAUUAAAGGGAAAUAAGAAAAGCAAAAAUGUAACAAAAAUAAGUGAGAACAACAUCAGCAAGAUAGAAACAUGGAGAGUGAAAACAAAAUAAGUGAGAAAUACUGAAAGUGAGAGAAAAACAAUAUUAGUGAGAGUGAAGAAACGAGAUGUCAACAAGAUAAGUGAGAAAUAUUGAAAAUUAGAGAAGAGUUAUAUAAGUGAGAGUGAAGAGACGAGAUAAUGUGAGAGAAAGACUUAUGAGAAAUUUUCAUACUUUGUUUCUAUUAUUUAAAUGAAGAUUACCAUAAUUUUGCUUUAGUUUACCAUAUGUUGACCAACUCUUUUUACUUGUGUAACCAUUCUUUGAAGUAAAACAAAA